AGGCUGGACAUGCGGUCCUGCACGCCUCUCGCCAUCUUCCUAUUCGGUGCCCUCGCGUCUGAAUUUCCAUGUGCGCUCGGGUUUCUUCCUUCAGCUCCUCUCAGAGCCCAUCAUGGUAGAGUAGCUCGCUCUCAUAGCAUGAAGGCGACGGGUCUCAAGGCGAAGCUUGAGGCCGUGUUCUUCGACUGCGACGGAGUGCUGGCAGACACAGAGAGAGACGGUCAUCGCAUCGCCUUUAACUUGGCCUUCGAAGAAGCGGGUCUCAAGAAUGGCGACAAGCUCAUGCAAUGGGAUGAAGAGCUGUACGGCAAGCUGGUGGAGAUCGGAGGAGGAAAGGAGAGGAUGAUGGGAUACUGGGAGUCGAUCGGCUUCCAGGAGGGGAACUGGGAGUUGGCCAAGAUGCUGCACGAGAGGAAGACGCAGAUCUUCAAGGAGCUCAUCGCGGCAGGUAAGAUUCCCCUUCGCCCUGGUGUGACGCGCAUCGUCGACGAGGCGCUGGCUGCGGGGGUGUACAUCGGGGUUUGCUCGACCUCCAACGAGAAGGCUGUGCAGCAGAUCGUCGACAUGAUGGGCCCUGACCGCGCCAAGGAGAUCUCUAUCUUCGCUGGCGACUGCGUCCCACGCAAGAAGCCUUCUCCGGACAUCUACAACCUUGCCAAGAACUUCUUCCGCGUGCGACCCGAGGACAGUGUGGUGAUCGAGGACAGCAGGAUUGGGCUUGAGGCUGCCAAGGCUGCCGACAUGUCCUGCCUCAUCACCAAGUCGACCUACACGCGCAAUGAAGAUUUCUCGGAAGCUGACAUGGUCGUCGACGACCUCGACGCUGGAAAGAUUGAUCUUGAUAGGCUUGAAGGUCUCGCGAUCUCAACCGCUUGGGAGGACUGGGGCAUCGACCGCGACGUGUUUAACGCUGGUGUCGGUCGUGGACGAUGGUGAAGAUUUCUCCCUCUUGCUCCUCGCAGUACUGGAGGUCAAGUCAGCUGCUGCUGCCUCGUCCUGCUCACUCACCGGAUGGGAUAAAGUUUAUCGAACGCCUCCGUGAG